UUCAUUAACUUUUAGGAUAAGAUAUAUAACAAUAUCUCAACUCAAAAGCAACAUCCAAUUCAACACAUUUUCACAGAAAAGAAACAAUGAAAACUCUGAUUUUUGCACCAAACCCAUCUCUCUAUUUUUCAAAACAAAAAAUAUUUCCAACUUUUCACCCCAAAGUUACAUCAAAAAAACAAGUCAACAUUCCAUUAACCACAUUGAAGAUACAAGCAAGUGCCAAAGGCUUCUCCAAGAAAAGACCAACAUCAUCAUCAACAAAUAAAACUAAGGAUGAUGCCAUCACUAUGAAGAAGAAUCCCAAGAAUAAUAAUGAUGAUGAUGAUGUGAUUACUAAGGUGGUUAUGUAUAGAAUAGUAGGUAGAAUAUCGUUUAGUGUUUUAGUUCCAAUGGGAGUAGGAUUAGGAUUUUUGCAACUUUAUGGUGAGUUAGAGGAUAGAGAAAUAUUGAAUGCUCCAAUAUGGAUACCAUUUGUGACAACACUUAUAACAUUUGGAGCUUCUGCACUUGGAAUUGCAUAUGGUGCAUUGUCUACUAGUUUGGAUGAAGAUAGGGAAGGUUCUUUGCUUGGCUUUCAAGAACUUGAGAAGAAUUGGGUUGAAAUGUGGCAACAAGAGAAUGUAAGUGAUGAUUAAUCAAACUAAUACCAUCAUUAUUACUAUUAUUAUUAUUA